ACUCUUUCUUAUCCGCUUUUAGCUUCCUCUUUGGGAAAAAUCGAUUGGAAUAAUUAGAUUUUCGAGUGGUUUUUCACAGGAUUUACAGAAAAAUCGAUACUGCUACUUGAAAUUUAAAUUAAUUUUGCUUGCUUCCGCUGGUUUUUUAAAUUAAAAUACUAACAAAUUAACAAUUUCAGAGGUGAAAGCUUGGCGAGAAAUGGACCGAUUUAAGGAACAACUAGCAAAAACUGUUAAUCAAAUAGGCGAACAAUUUUCUUCGGAUAGCGAUGUAAAAGUUUUAUUAGAUAAUAUGAACGAGAAAGUUAUGAGCUCUUACGAUGCUCCGUCGUGCUCGGAAAGCCCUCCAAUAGCUCCAGAGAGUAAUUCACAAAACUCAACGCCUCGGAGAGUAAAAUCAAAAAUUUCCGAGGAAGAUGACGUCAUCAACUCGAUAGACGCCGCGUAUUUUAUAGAUAACGAUGAGUUCGAUGCGAUUGACUAUGAAUUGAAGAAGCUCUGUGACAUCGAAAUGUGCUACGAGGACAUCCAGCGCGAGAGGUUUCGGCUAAAAUCUCAGCAUACUGUGGUUUCCAAGAAAAUAUCCACACUAAUCAUGCAAAAAUCUUCAUCCUACACGGCACAGGUCGGUGAAAUGGAGAAAAUCCGAGACGAAGUCGGAAGUGUUAUCAACGAAAUUCUGACGAUACGAAAAGCGCUCGCGCUGGCGACAAGCCAAACUCGGACGUGUCUCGGAUUAAUCGCUUAUAAAAAUAAGAAAAUCGUUCUAAAUCAGCUGAAAAUGACGCUCACAACGAUAAAAGGCUUCCACGAGACCGAACAGCACAUUCGAGAAACUAUUGAAGAAGGAAAUUUCCCGCUUGCAAUUCAAAUGCUAAUCGAAACUCAAAUAAAAGCCGGGGGAUACGCUCAUUUUACAUGUGUAAACGAAGUAAUCUCAAAGCUCGCCGGAAUGAGCUGUCUCCUGGAAGCCGAACUCUCCGCGCAACUCUCCACAAUCGCUGUGGUCUUCGAUUCCGAGAAGUAUCGAUUCGUGUACACCGCCUACGAGAUGCUGGAGAAAACCGAGCAAGUCGCCGAGAAGCUGCUCACCGCCUUCGUCGAAGCCAUCGAAACCACAACCAGUGCGGUGGUCCUAUCCAAGCUGAAGGAAGAGGAUCGUCUCGAAGAUUCCUCGUACACAAGUCUUUGCUUGAAGCUGGACAGCGAGCAGGCUUCCAUCACCUUCCGAGAGAUGGGAUUUGUGCUGUGCAGGAGUUUCCAGGCGUUUCACAAGAUUCUAAAUUUCCAUAGCUCGGAAUCUGCUAGUGAAGCAUCCCAAAGCAUCUACAAACAACUGCUGGCUUCUAGAACAGAAGUGUUUCUAGCAGCAACUCGCAGGCUUCAAGUUCUAGUUGAAUCUCGAGACUUUGUCAGUUUAAAGUUUGAACAUAUUCUUGACAUCGUAGAUACCAUCAAUCGAUUCAACAAUAUCGGCAAGACCUAUUUCGCCAGCACACACCAUCAGAAGCUCGCAGAAUCCAUUGAAAAACGGACCGAGACCUACUUUGACCGAUAUCAUACCGAGCGAAUGGAGGAGCUCUCGAUGUUCUUCGAAAACGAAUCAUUCGCAUUGUGCCCAGUACCAUUUCAGUUCACGAUUUUCGAUUUGCAAGACUUCGAGUUUUUGAAGGAAUCAGUUAGAAUCGAAAGUUCGCCGAAAUCCAGAGAAGAAUCGGAGAAUAGUGAGGAAGAAACCGUGGAGCUGAUCGGCAACGAUUGGCAGAAUCCAUUCUGCCAAGCUGCCAUCCGAUCCCGUCUUCAAUCAUCCUAUAGCCAAAAGUCUGAACGGAGCUAUUCAACAUCUUCAGCGGCAACUGAAAUUCAAAAUGAAAACUAUAAUCCGAAUCUAACGAAGCAGGAGAGCUUCUCCGAGGAUCCGCUGGACGAGCCUUCUGGUGUACCACCUCCGAAUCUUUGCAAUACUGCUCUGAAUCUUUUGAGAUUUUUCGGAAGAUAUCUUCGAAUGACAGCACUUCUGCCGACACUUUGCUCAAAGUCUGCACCAGCGAUUAUUGAUUUAUACGAGUUUUUCUUUGCGUCGAUGUGUCACAUGUUCGGCUCAGAAGGCGCCGAAUUCGUUGGCCGCAUUCCACGCCUCGUCGCCUGCUUGGAUGGUAUUUCAAGAAAAUUCACAAAGGACGAAAAAGCCAACUCUCCAUUUCGGAAAGUUUUCCAGAAGGACGGUGAUUUUUUGAGCGGGAAAAUGUAUCCGUCACUAUCGCCGGCUGUGCAAAUCGCGUUCAUCGAUAAUCUCUACGGAGCUUGUGAGCGGAUUAUUGCAGUGAAUUCCAUCGAAUUCGUGGCGCGACAACUAGAUCUCAUUCGUCCAGUCAUCGAAUCACUGCUUCUCGAAGACACCCGGGAACACCUCUCCACAAUUCUCGACGCCUUCUACACACAAGUUCUCCCAUGUCAAGCUGACGCCCGAAUUCUGAUCGUUGACGCGUCGGCUUCACGAUCUCUCCGACUGAAGAGCCUCAUCGAUAGUGUGACGUCUGUGAAAUGGGACAUCGGAGAGCUGAGAAGUGAGCACAACGCCUACGUGGAUCUUCUUGUUCAGGACUAUGAACUAUUUUCGAUUCGAAUCACCGCUAUCAAGGAGACGGCGCCUGUCAAUUUGUCCGAAGCAAUGGAGAAAUUCUUUUGGGAACGAGCGAUCUAUUAUUCGUUUAAGGCACUUGUUCAGGGAUAUGGAGAUGGUGGAAAAUGUUCGACGGAAGGCCGAGCGUUGAUGCAGUUGGAUUUUCAGAUGAUUUUGAUGAAGCUGGAGCCCCUCUGCGGAAUCAAGCCAGUUCCUCACGCGAGUUUCGUCGAUGGAUACAUCAAAGCCUAUUAUCUGCCGGAAAAUGGUCUAGAACAGUGGAUAAAGACGCAUUCUGUACGGGGUUUUUCCAAUUUAAUAAAUUAUUUUCCCGAAAUUUUGCAGGAAUACUCAUCAAAGCAGCUGUCUUCUCUACUCGGUGCCGCAGCUCACGUGAGCAAAAAAGCCCGACUUCGGAUAUUGGACGCUUUGAAAGACUAGAAUUUUAUGUAGAAAUAGUUUGAUAUAAUUGUAUAUUUUGUCACUAAUUUAUUAAUUUAUUUUGCAUUUUUUUUCUUUUCAGAAAAUUGAAAUUUCGACAAAAAUUGGGUUCUUUUCGCGAUUGAAAAUUUGAGAAAAAUGGAAAAUUUGAAUCUGCGCCUUUAAAACUACCGUACCCACUGCCACAGUUUUAAAGGCGCAUCCUGUUCCAGAAAUCGCGACGAGACCCAAUUUUUGCAUUAAUUAUUGAUUUGAAAUCUUUUCAUGUCAUCAUCUCUGUCCUCA